AUGAAUAGUAGCGAACACAUCUAUCAGAUCCUUCAGACUGACGAUUCCAUUAAACUACCUGAAUCUCAGUCUGGUCGCGCGAGCUUUCCCUCUGCAACUACUGGUCAGCCCGAACUUCUUUCCGCAACAACGAACAAUGACCAGCUGGUCGAAUAUCUUUUCACCGACGAGUCGUUUUUGCCGACAAGUAGGAACAAUGCUUCGAACAUGCCAGUGAAUGAACAACACAUGUCCUGGCAAACCAUGUCUCUGGGUUCAUUCCAAGAUCUUGCUGUCGAUGGAGUGAAUACUGCAGGCAUGCCUAGUAACGAUGCCAAUCAUCGCCAUUCCGACGAGGAUGAAUAUACAGAAAUGCAACUCAAGAUGAUGACUUCCAAGGAGCGGCGACAACUGAGAAACAAAAUCUCGGCCAGAAAUUUUAGAAACAGGAGGAAAGAAUACAUCACGACUCUGGAAAAUCAAAUUGAAAAAUACAGAUCCGAGAAUUCUCAAUUGAAACUGGAAGUAAAGUGGUCGCAAACAACGAUGGAACGCUUGCAAAAGGAAAAUGAUCAGUUAAGACUGCAGCUUGCUCUUUGCAACAAAGGCAUCAAAGAGGAGCAGUCGCAAGAACCUGGCUAUCCCCUUUCUUCUAAACCCAUGAUCCAGCCCGGUUAUACGAUUGCUGUUCCUCCACCGGCAAAUCAUUUGCCAACCUAUGACCCACUGACCAUGUCUCAGCAUCAUUUUGCUCCCGAAUUCACUGUUCCCUCGGACUCUUCCUCUUCAUCCGAUUCCUCCCAUUCGCCACCUCGCCAACCUAGCCAAUCAAACGAUUCAUGGGAUUUAGUUUUUUCCGAGUUUUCUCCCACCCAUUGCACUUACUUGUCGCACGCCGCUAUGCCGAAUUGGGAUUUCACCCCCUUACUAUCCAAAGUUGAAGAAGCAUUGCCAUCGACCAAUCCAAGCGAUAUUUUCCAUCAAUAUCCGCUGUUAGCGCCGGCGCUCAUGUCGAUCAUCGUUACCCAUUCCAUGACCAUGACAACAGAAGAGCUUUUGCGAAACGCUCAGUUGCAAGCACCUAUCACUCAACCCUCCUCACGUUCGUUUGCUGAAGACAUGUUCCUUUCGCCCAAAUUCAACGCCAAACUUCGAUCUCCCACGUUGCCUGCACUCACGAAUACGGAUAUCGAAGCUAUGUGGGGCAGUUUGUUGAAGCAUAUGCCCACCAACAGUAAACCCCAUCGCGUCGUUACAAGCUACACCGAUCCCCCUGUCACCGGAAUGCAGACGUACUGUCCUCUGUUCGUCAUUCAGAAGACAUUAUGUCGUUUUGUUAUUAACGUGGUGGUUGCACGCUAUCCUCACUUGGAGCAUAACUGUAUUAAGUACCUACCUGUCUGUGAGAAGUUCAAGAGACGGUUGAUCAUGCCUGCCUAA